AUGACUAAUUUUUUCCCUAUGGAGUCUAAUCCUGAGACGAUAAAUAAGUAUCUUCAUAAACUUGGAGUUCCUAACAAAUGGCAAAUGGUUGAUGUUAUUGAUCUGGAAGGAGACGCUUUAAACUGGGUACCGCGACCGGUUCUGGCCGUAAUACUUCUAUUUCCGCUAUCUGAAAAUUAUGAACAAUAUCGAUCAGAACAAGAAAAUGAUUUAUCUCAAAAAGGACAUAAAGCCCCGAAAGACAUUUUUCAUUUGAAACAAGUUAUUAGUAACGCCUGUGGAACCAUUGCUUUAGUGCACAGCAUCGCUAAUAAUACUAAUCAUAUUGCCUUAGAAGAUGGUCUGCUCAAAAAAUACUUAUAUGAUGCAAAAGAACUAGAUGCCGCUGCAAAGGGUGCGCUUUUAGAAAAUUCGGCCAAUAUUUUUGAAGCUUACAAGGACGUUAUUGCUGCUGAAGGGGACGUGAGACUAGAAGAUAAUGAGACAGUUGGCAAUCACUUCGUGACAUUUAUACAUAAAGAUGGUUAUCUCUACGAGUUAGAUGGGCGUAAAUCCUUGCCUAUAAACCACGGUACUACGACAGUAGAUAAUUUUUUAGAAGACGCGGCGAAGAUCUGCCGUGAGUUUAUUGCUCGCGAACCGGACAACAUCGGCUUCAAUGUAGUGGCACUUGUUCCCGCUCAG